UUUUUUUUUAUUUUUUUUUAAGGAUGAAACGAAACAAAGUUGAAGAGUUGAAGAAAAAGAAGAGAAUCUGAGAAUGGAUCAUUGAGACUCGAGUUAUGUAGUUGGUAGCAAGUAGAGUUAGGGUGAAAAGAAUGAAGAAGGUUGUGGUGACCGGUGCAUCCGGUUACCUUGGUGGAAAGCUAUGUAAUUCCCUCCACCGGCAAGGUUACUCCGUUAAAGUCAUAGUCAGACCCACCAGUAAUCUCUCCGCACUUCCUCCCUCUACCGAAAUCGUAUACGGCGACAUCACUGACUUUUCCUCUCUUCUCUCCGCCUUCUCUGAUUGCUCCGUCGUCUUCCACCUCGCCGCUCUUGUUGAACCCUGGCUCCCCGAUCCCUCUAAAUUCAUCACUGUCAACGUUGAAGGUUUGAAGAAUGUGUUGGAAGCUGUGAAGCAAACCAAGACAGUGGAGAAACUUGUAUACACGUCGUCGUUUUUCGCUCUUGGACCAACCGAUGGAGCUAUUGCUGAUGAGAAUCAAGUUCAUCAUGAGAGGUUUUUCUGCACGGAGUAUGAGAAAUCAAAGGUUGCUACCGAUAAAAUUGCAUUGCAAGCUGCUUCUGAGGGGGUGCCAAUAGUGUUGCUUUAUCCUGGGGUAAUUUAUGGACCUGGAAAAGUUACUGCAGGAAACGUUGUUGCAAAGAUGCUGGUAGAACGUUUUAGUGGUAGAUUACCUGGUUACAUAGGCAAAGGAAAUGAUAAAUUUUCAUUCAGUCAUGUCGAUGAUGUAGUGGAGGGGCACAUUGCUGCUAUGAAAAAGGGACAAAUUGGGGAAAGGUAUUUACUGACGGGUGAAAAUGCAUCCUUUAAUCAAGUUUUUGAUAUGGCUGCUGUGAUCACCAAUACUAGUAAACCAAUGGUUAGUAUCCCUCUGUGUGUGAUUGAAGCUUAUGGAUGGUUGUUAGUUUUAAUCUCUCGAAUCACUGGAAAGUUACCUUUUAUCAGUCCACCGACGGUGCAUGUUUUAAGACAUCGUUGGGAGUAUUCUUGCGAGAAAGCGAAAAUGGAGCUAGAUUAUAAACCCAGAAGUCUGAGAGAAGGGCUUGCAGAGGUACUAAUCUGGUUGAAGAACUUGGGAUUGGUAAAAUAUUAGCGGAAUGUUCUGCUACUUUUCAUAGGGCUUCUCUUUGGCAUGAUCUAUAACACUUGUAAAUUGUCAAAAAAACAGAGUGUAAUAAAAAUACAAUCACCAAUACAAGAAAAGGUGUUGCUGUAAAAGAGGGAACUUGUAGACACUGUAGCUAAUGUAUGAGAUGCUGCAUUUAGCCGUCUCUUGAUAAUCUGAACGUGAUCGAUUGUUGGCAAUGAUAGCAUAGAAGGACAUGCUUGCACUUGAAAAUAACGACCCCAACUUUGACAUUGUUGCAAUGUACUUCUGUGGUUUUGGAUUAAUCUACUACUGUUUUGCAA